AUGUCCGCCAUUGAUGAAAACAGCCAAUUUAGCGGAGAAAUUUGGGUCGACUCCCAAGGUUAUUUAGUGGCUAAAAAAAGAGGGGCGAAGUUAGCUGAAACUGCGGCAGAGACCGAGCGGGAAAUUCUGGGUUUAGACCGCCAUAAAUCCACCAUUGAGGGUGCAAAAGAAUUAAAAUUAGAAAUAAAAUUAUCUGAACCGAUAGAAUUAGAUUUAGUUUUACAGGAAGGAAUUCACCGAGACCUAACCGAAGAAAAAGCAAGCGGGGAAACCGUAGUGGUCAAAACCGCUAACCCAGCGGCCAAAAAACGCUAUGAGGAAAUUAAAAAGGAUAAAAAUACCAUUCUGACUUAUCGCCGCUUAAUUAAUGUAGAGAAAGAGGAGAAAAGGCUAGAAAAUUCGGUUUCUCGGGUAGUAUUAAAAAAGCCGGGGGAAGAACCCCAAUUUUUAGUGCUGGUUCGAAAUAGCAAAUCCGACCCGCUAAACGAAGAAAAAAUAAAAAAUGAUUUAGUAGCAGAAAGAAAAGUUUCUGCGGCCGAUAGAAACUACCUAGAAUUAGAAGAAUUAGGAAAAAACGAAGAAAAAAACGGUCAAAUUUACCAUACUUACCCCGACAUACAACAAAUCAGAUAUGAGGCGGAAACUUACCAAGUUCGCACCCAAGCGGCUAAAAAUUUAG